UUCUUGUUUAUUGAACUGUUGCAUAAAAUCAGUAUAAUUUGUAAUCAUGCUUAUUUUUAGAGGUAAAAAUUGGCACUCUUUGUGUGAUAUUGACUAACUUUCUUUUUGUGGUAUUUUUUAUGCAUAACUGUAUGGGGAGUGUGGAGGCUGUUCUUAUAUUUAACGGCAAACUGUUCCAAAGUCUCGGAGCCAUCACUGAAAAAGCACGAUCGCCCCAUCAUUUACGUUUCGCCUUAAGUUUCUGGAUGAGUCGAGAACUGAAUGAAACGGAAGAAAAAAAUCAGACUGAGAAAUGUCAUGAUAUCAUGGCUGGGGAAAAAUCUUUUAGUUACUCUCAGACUCGUAAAAGAGAAACUACACAGCCUAAAGUCCAGAUGAGAGUUCACACUGAAGAGAGAUCUUCCACCUGUCAACACUGUGGAAAGAGUUUCAGUGGAAAACAAAGCCUUACAAGCCACUUACGAAUCCACAAACACAAACCUUAUACCUGCAAACAGUGUGGGAAGUGUUUCAAACUAAAAAGAUGUGUUAAGACUCACAUGAGAAUUCACACCAGAGACAAUCCUCACACCUGCAAACUGUGUGGGAAGAGUUGCACAUCAAAUGCUCGUCUGAUGUCUCACAUGAUCGUUCACACUGGAGAGAAGCCUCACACCUGCAAACUGUGUGGGAAGGGAUUCACAGAAAAUAGCCAUCUGAUGAUUCACAUGAGAGUUCACACCGGAGAGAAGCCUUACACCUGCGAACUGUGUGGAAAGAGUUUCAAACGGAAAAUAAGCCUUAAGCAUCACAUGAGUAUUCACUCAAGAGAGAAAUGUUUUAGAUGUCAUGUGUGUGAAACAAGUUUUGCUGACAGGAAUCACCUUAAGAAUCAUGUACAAAAUCACAUUGGGGAGAGGCCUUGCAUGUGCCAUCACUGUGGAAAAAGUUUCACAAUCAAAAAAUAUCUUCAGUCUCACAUAAAAAUUCACACUGGAGAGAAGCCUUUCACCUGCCCUCAGUGUGGAAAGAGUUUCAUGUUUAAAGGAAAACUUAAGGUGCACAUAAAAAUUCACACUGGAGAGAGGCCUUACAAGUGUCCUCAGUGUGAAAAGAGCUUCACAGUUAAAGGAAGCCUUAAGGAACACAUUAGACUUCACACUGGAGAGAAGCCUUACAAGUGUCCUCAGUGUGACAUCAGUUUCACAUAUAACAAAAGCCUGAAACAGCAUUUGCAAACUCAUUCUGGAAAGAAUUCCUCGUUUCCCAUGUGACAAAAGGUUUAGAAAUAAUGCGUUCACUCUGGAGAAAGACAGUUCAAUUGUGAUUGGUGUAAUAAAAACAGCAGACUUACAAAUAUAUGAAAAGUCAUUUAAAUGUGAACCUGUUCUUUAUUAAAAGAAAGUACCCUUAAAAGAAGUUUGUUCAAGACCGCUGUUAGUAUACUUUUGAACUAAAAAUAAGAAUAGAAAGUAAUCGCCUCCCUUUAAAAUAAUUACAUUGUUUCGCUAAAACGAAGGAGGACACAGUUUUUGUUUAAUCCAGCUGUAUUUACUGUAGUAUAAAUAUCUACAAGCGGCGAUCAUCGGGGUCCAAGCACAACCCAUUGGGCAAUUGAUGUUGAAAAGACAACAAAAAACAGGUCAAAUAUGCAAUCCAACUGAUGUCAAAAACCUGAAACGACAUUGAUUUGAUGUAAAUUUAACGUCAAACAAAUUGGCCUACUUAAACAUUAAACCAAUUUAAUUGGAGGAUUACCUUCCUAAUUUCACCUAGUUACCACUGGAAGAAUUUGCCGUUCAAAGUGAAUUUAAAAUGAAGUUACAGCAUCAGUGACUAAUAUUUGACGUCAAAGUAAUAUCAAGCUCGUGUAGAGGAUACAGUUAUGUUCCAAUGGCCAUGUCUAUUUUCAAACAUAAUACUAGUAGGCCUAUUUAAAUGUCUUUCUAUGGAAGUAUUAUUUUAUUUACCAUAUCACAAUAGACAAAUAAUAUUGUCUCUUCAUUUGAACUGGACUAUAAUAUAUCCAAUCAUGUCUGACAACUUGACAGAUGUUUUCUGAAAUUAUGAUGUAUAAAUAUGAAGGUAUUUUGGAGAUCACCGAUUUCUUUGAAAACUGAUCUGUUGAACCAUUUACACCGAUUUGAAACUACACGAUCUAAAAUAAUUUGUUGUCUUGUGCCUUCCUCAGGUGGACAACAUUAGUGUAACGUCCUUCAUCUCUUAUUUCUAUUGAUAUAAAUUGCUGAUAUUUUAUAAAUUGUAAGCAGCAAUCAGCGCAUCAGAAAUUCAUGAAGGUUGGCAUGAGUACACUUGAAAGCAGGAAUAUGUAGGCUACUGCAAUAGAAAGAGGCAACCUUUUAUUUUAACUGAACAGCAAUUAAUAAAGUUAUGUCAUGCA